AUCUCUCAUGGUUUUGUAUUGCCUAAAACAUGACUGUGGAGCCAAAUUGCUAGUCCUGUUCACGGAUUUCCGGCUUCUAACGUGCCCUCGUUGCCGUGUGGGAUUCAAGUAUUCGGGAUGGGAGAGUGAGUCGGUACCUUCUCCUUUCGUGGAUCAGAGCAGCCUUGGAUGUGCUAUGAUUAUCAAGCCUACUCGAGGAGAUUUUCUGAGCUAUAGUGUAGGCGAUGAUCUUCACAUUGGUAUUUCAAACUCGAUGUCUGUGGUACGUUCCUACUGGAUGAAUGGCAUAUCUUCUGAAUGUGCUGGCUGGGAUAAGUCAAUAGUUGUGUGUCGUUUCGAUGAUUAUGAGGAUAGAUUCGACGCUUUGCUGUCGUCUUUUCUCAGAGAAAAUGCCGAAAGUUUCGAAGGCGAGUUCUAUGAUGAUUCAAGAUGGAAUUGUUUCGAUUUCGCUAUGGAGUUCUUGCGCUUCAUCAACUUUCGACGAUACACCAAGAUAGAUUUUGUGUCAGAAUUUGUUCAAGGUGCCUUAAAUAGUGCAGUCAAGUACAAUAUGCUGGUGCGACGGAUUAAGGAGCGUGAUUCCACAAUGGCAGAGACGUUGGAAGAGACAUCAAACGUAGAUGCUGAUCGCGUUAUUGAUCAACAGAGCUUCAAUUGUUCACAGUUUGAAAUAUUUACUCACGAGUAUCGCGAACGUAAAGAGGUUCCGGAUUGUGAAGAUCAUGAUUGUGAUAAGAGUUCAUGCUGCAAUUCACCAUCCUCCAGUGGAGAUAAUAAAAAACGUAUAAUUAACGCAUCCAGGAAGCUUCAAAAAGCUGUUCUAGCACUGCAACGGAUGCCGAAUAGCGAGGUAAUAGGCGAUAUGUUGCAGAAGAUGCGAGACAUUGGAGAAAAUCUGAAUGAAGCUUUAAAACGACUGCAGGCAGAGUUUUCAACAAAAACUAUCCCCCUUCCGGAUUUCGAUCCUACUGAUAUGCAUCUCUUGCUCGGAGAAAAAGAGGUUCCGAAGACACGGACACCAUUUGAAGAAGUGGAAGAGUCUGAACGGGUAGCCCAGGAACAGCUGGAGAAUCUUUUAUUUGAAGCGGAAGUGAUGUUACGAGAGUAUGAGCACUUGAAAAAAGGGAUACGGGCCUAA